GAUGCCGUGUCAUAGGAAUGUAAUAGAAACAAAAACACACAUUUUGUUAAGCUUAUUUAGUUUUUUUUCUCAGCAAUUGGUAAAGCAAUUGGUGACGUCUGAUUUCAUGUAUUAGAAAUAAAGAUUGGACAAAGCGUCAAACAACAAAAGCUAUAUAUCGAGUGAAAGAUGCCGUCGCAGACGGGCCCACGCAGAAAAGGUGAAGUUGAGGUUCCGCUGCAGCAGGAGCCGCAAUACCGCAUCAAGCCCAUGCAGCAUGUCAUAUCCGCACUGAUCGGCGGGCUCAUCACAACAUUUGUGGUGACGCCCUUGGAGGUGGUAAAGACUCGGGUCCAGACCCAGCACGCGAUGCGCCAUCAGCCACCAGCGACUAUCUCCAAGCUGUGCUACGUUUUCCACAAUGGCUUGAUGACGCAUGUCUGCAAGCGGAAUACCGAAUGCUUGCCAAAGCCCGGAAGUGACCUCAACAACAUGCGGCCGAUACGCGGGGCCAUGGAUGUGCUACUUAAAAUAAUGUGCGGCAGCGGCAUAGCCGGGCUCUGGUCUGGCUUGUGUCCCACACUCAUAUCGGCUCUGCCUUCCACAAUUAUCUACUUCCUCACCUACGAGUACCUGAAUAACUCGUUCUCCAAACUCUACUUGGUGUCCCGUCAAAGCAGUCAAACAGUGGAGCCAGGCACUAAGGAAUCGUUGGAUUUGCCUCAGGCGCCGUUGCCGUUGCCCUAUUUUAUUCCAAUGGCUUCAGGCAUGUGCUCGCGCACCGUAGUCGUCACGGCAAUCACGCCCAUUGAGAUGGUCCGCAUCAAGAUGCAAUCGGGCUACAUAACAUACGACGAGUUGUGGCGAAUAAUGCGUACCCUGGUCCGGCAGAACGGCGUGCUAGGCCUCUGGCGCGGUUGGCCACCCACUGUAAUGCGGGACGCGCCCUUUUCUGGCACGUACUGGGCGACGUAUGAGUCAAUAAAACGAAGAUUUGCUGUGACUGAGCCCACAUUCGGGUUCAGCUUUUUUUCAGGUGCAGUGUCUGGAGCGCUGGCUACCUUCGUGACGAUGCCGUUCGAUUUGAUAACGACGCACACGCAGAUUGAGCUGGGCCAUGAUGUGCUCUAUACCGAUUUUUCAGCAGUUAGCAAAACAGAAAAUGCAUGCAACGCCAGACCGUCGGUCUUCUCACGCCUCGCAGACAUCUACAGCCAGCAGGGCGUCCGCGGUCUAUACAUGGGCGUUAUGCCCCGCAUCCUGCGCGUGGUUCCAGCCUGCGCAAUCAUGAUCUCAACGUUUGAGUACACCAAAGCCUUCUUUAUUCACCAAAACCAUAACCUGGAUAUGAAGUAAAAGGGUAGGUGCCUAAGGUGCCUAUAAAUUAACGUUUUUAUUUCAAAUGGUGCGGCUAAAGCACGGUUUUUUGUAUGCUUUUAUUUCAUACAAAAGUAGCAUUAAUUAUAAAAAAUUUUUCACGACGGUGCCUUUGCCUAUGGUCAAAAUGGAAUGCCCGAAAAUUCAAAGUUAAUGGAGCAAGCAUAUUAUGUUAUGUCAAGUUAUGUUAGGUUAUGUUCGUUUAUAUGCACAUGUGUUGUUUAUAAAUGCAUUUACAUACACACAUAUAAAGAUUGCUUAAAUAGAUAUGUAAUUUAACUGCGUA